AUGGGACAACAAGACCCGUGCUAUUUCCAUCAAGAAAUCAACGAUACUACGAUGACACUUGGAUUUGUACUUGCACCAUCCGAUAGCGUCGUAUGUGACACCAUCAGCCCAGGAUGGACUAGAUUUAGUGGAUCGGAUGAAGGGUUAAUGGCAACGGAAUGUCCAUUAGGAAGAGAGUGCGGAACUGACCAGCAAGUCUGGAUGCAAGACGAGUCUUCGGAAAUGCUGAUAACCGUUUCAACAUCGUCUUCGACCUCUACCACAUCGUCUACACCCACUAUACCAUCGUCCACAUCCAUUAAAACAACGUCUCAACCAACUUCAGUACUGUCAACAUCCAUUAAAACAACAACUUCUACAGCUACCAGAGUACCAACUACAUACCGUACAUCUACCUUAAAAAGUUCUGGAAAAGGUUGCAUUAGUGGUAGUGCAGUAGCGGGAAUGUUUAGUGUUACAUCCGCAUUAAUUGUAACAAUCUUCAAAUAG